AGAUGCGCAUGGAAGAACACAAGAGAAAGCUCCACCAAAAAAGUUGUUGCAUCCCGUUCGUCGCGGAAACGUGAAUCAACCCCCAUCACGAAACCAGCCAAGAACCAACGAAACCCACGCGCCCUCUCCCUACACUGCGCCAACGCAAAGAUCCAAUGCGAUUCCCGUCGCAAGACCCCUCCCGACUACGACGCCCCAACAUCUAGACAAACAAAGAAAGAAACACCAGUGCAACCCUAUCCCCGGGUUCUGGAUCUAGGCCCCCUCCCGCAUUUGGUUACCCGUCACGCCGCCAAACCCAUCGAGGGGUUCAAAAGAGUCGGAUCCCUUGACCUGGAGGAUUUUGAUUCCUGGAUAUCUCUGACGGGUAUGAACCUUACAAUCUCUACUCAACCACACAUCGAAUCUCCAAAAUGAACGCCGAUCUCGUAGACCUCGUUUUCCUAACCCGCUUCCAACCCUCAGCUACCAUAUCCUCCUCCGUCGCAAUCGACUACGAAGACCACCCUCACCACACAAUGUCAGACUCCAGCAACGGCGCGGCACCCGAGACGUGCCCCGUCGACCACAAGGCCCGCGAAGCCUGGCUCCAGCACGCCCGCGCCGCGAACCCGGACUCAGCGCAUCCUCCUCACCCGCCGCACCCGAUACCUCCAACCCAGGCGGGAUCACCACAGUCGCAGCACACAGAGUCUUCAUCCUGGACGCAGUCCCUGCUAUCUCUGACGCCCUUCUCCUCUUCCUCGGCCCCGCCGCCCUCAACGGCCACAAACGCCUCCGCGACACAACCUACCUCCGGCCCCGCCGACGCCGCCGCCGAAGUCUGUCCCGUAGACCACAAAUCCCGCGAAGCCUGGCUCGAACAAGCCCGCGCCGCCUCCGCCGCCUCCGCCGCGAACGCCUCGUCAAAUCCUCACCCACCAUACCCCGCCGACCUACCUCCAAACCCCCACCAAACACUCGCGGCCGCGCCAUCAUCACCACAGCUCUCGCAAUCAUGGACACAGUCCCUAAAGUCCUACAUCCCCUUCACCUCCUCCCCAGCACCCACACAAAAAAACAUGCCGAACAUCCCACCCUCCGCAUCAGCCGUCAAAUCAGGCCUCGACACCGACCGCGAAGUCUCGACGAUCCCCCGGACAGCAACCUCAGCGUACCCUGGGAACAGUCGCCCAUCCAACCACGAACAGGAGACGGGCUCGGACGAGGCGACGGGAAACUGGAUCUACCCUUCCCAAAAGAUGUUCUUUGACGCGAUGAAGCGCAAGGGCCACGAUACCCGCGCACAGGAUAUGGCGACAGUGGUGCCGAUCCACAAUGCCGUCAACGAGAGGGCGUGGAAGGAGAUUAAAGAAUGGGAGGCGCCUUACCUCGAAGGCACAGCGUAGGUCCCCCUAACUUCCCGUUGUUCUGGAUUCGAUCCAGUCAUCCAUCCAUCUACCAUACAAAUGCACAAGAAAGCUAACACAAGCC